GGCACACACUUAUAUAGUGCGAGCUGUUGUGACACCACCGCUCUUUGACCCCCAUUAUUACCAGAACAAGGAAAAAGGAGAGACCUUUUCUACACACUGGACCAUCAUUUCCAGGGCUCUCCCCCAAAAUCCAUGCAUGGAAGGAGAGAGAGCCGAGAAGAAGAGGCAGCUUGAUCUUGACUUUAACAAACUCUUGGAAGACAAUGACGAUUCUGACCCGCCGGAGGUCCUGAGAGUGAAGAAGCCCAAACCCAUAGCCACCACCGCGGCGGCCGACGAGCCACCGGCGAUGAGCGGCGGCGAUCAGCAGCGGGAUGAGGAGCUUGAGAAGAUGAACAAUAAUGAGCUCGAAGGAGCGAUUAAGCGGCAAGUAGAAAAUUUGAAGCGGAUGGGCUCUAUAUUGCCGGACAAAGGCGAAAAGCUUCGGAUUUGUCUGAAGAAACUGGAGGAUGAACAGGGGAGGAGGAGGCUUGAACGUUCCGAGAGGGGCACCAGUAAGGGGGAGAAGCCUACCCGAGCCACAAGCUCUGCAGGUGUUUCUAAUGGCUUCAGAGAUAAGGAGGCUACAUCACCCCCGGGCGAGCUACAGUCUUCAUUUAAUAAAUUCUUUUCUAAAAAGUUGGAUGACAAUCAGAAAGAUUGUAGCAAGGGCAAUGCAUUUGAAAGAGAGUUAUCAACUUUGGGUCACUGCAACCGCCAGAAAAGGAACAAUAAUGGAGAAUUCUUGCAAAAGGGGGCACAGAAAGGUCGAUCUUCAUCAAGACAUCUCCCUUCUCAAAGCCCUAGCAACUUUUAUCGUGAUAAAGAUAGAAGUUUUCUCUCAAAUGGUGAUCGUAAAGGCAGAGCUUCUUCCAAUAACUCAGGUCGCCACGGUGAGGAAGACUUCUCUAGCAGCUUUGCAAAAAGGGAGGAACCAUAUCAACUUCGGAAUAGGGAUAGGAAUAGGAAGAGUCAGACCAUUUUACUUGUGGAUGAGGAGGAACCCGAGUUCAUGGACACCACAGAGCAAAUAGAAGAAAUUCCUGAGAGCAUGAAAGACUCUAGAAUCUACUAUCCAUCAAGGGAUGAUCCACAUUCUGUUGAAAUUUGUUAUACAGACACUAAGUGCCUUGAUCCUCAAAGCUACUUGACAUCAGCUAUUAUGAAUUUCUACAUACGGUAUUUACAUCAACAAGCAUCCCCUACAGACAGGGGAAUAUGUGCGUUUCAUUUCUUCAAUACCUUUUUUUACAAUAAGCUCAAAGAUGCUGUAUCAGAAAAGGGGACCAACAAGGAUAGCCUUUUUGUCAAGCUUAGAAGGUGGUGGAAGGGUGUUGAUAUAUUUCAGAAGGCUUACAUACUUAUUCCUAUUAAUGAAGACGUUCAUUGGAGUCUAGUCAUUAUCUGUAUCCCUGACAAGGAAGAAGAAUCAGGACCAUUUGUUCUUCAUUUAGACUCAUUAGGACUCCAUUGUAGCAAAUCAAUUUUUCGAAUUAUUAAAAGCUUUUUAAAAGAAGAAUGGUGCUAUCUGGAUGAAGAAGUUGAUAUUUCAGAUCUAACAGUUUCAGACUGUUGGAAACGACUUCCUGACCAUAUUGAGGAGAAAAAACUUGUGGUCCCGCAACAGAAAAAUGACUAUGAUUGUGGUCUCUUUGUACUCUUGUUUAUGGAACGCUUUAUAGAAGAGGCCCCUAAAAGGCUGAAAAAGAAAGAUUUAGCAAGGUUUGGAAGGCAGUGGUUCCAACCUGUAGAGGCUUCUAGGUUGAGAAGUAAAAUCCGGAAGUUACUCAAGGAAGAAUUUCAAAAUGCAUCCAAGUCAAACUGCUCUAAAGAAUCUUCUCCUCUGACUGAUGCUUCUGAAGAUUGAAUUGACACUUCAGAGCCUUUCCGAAUCUGCAGACAGUUGGUGCAUAAUACCCAACCGGUCAAUCAGCCGUGUAAAUGAUCUUUUGAGUCAAGUAACUGGAAAAAUUGGUCUGAUUUCGAAUUUCAUGAAAGAUAGUGAAUACCAUUGCUCAGGACAAGGCAUAGAUCUUAGUCAUUUACAUUACUGACCAUUUUUGGCGAGUUAGAAUCCUUCUCUAGGAUGAGGCUUCAACUGUAUAGUACGAAACAAAAAAGUGAUGGUGGACUUUUCUAGGUAAUGUUCACCAUGUACAUUGUAGCUGUUAAGUAGAGAUGCUGUUUUUAUAAAAGUAAUUUCCUCCGUUUCGCUUUGUAAUC